AUGAAGGCUUUUAUUGGCCUAUCGAAUUGUGCUGUUACAUAUUAAUCCUAUGAAAUUGCAGUGAAAUUCUUAAAGAAAUGCUUACAAUAUGCUUGGCUAAAUAAUAAUUUGGAGAUUGAGAAUUUGGUUCAUUAAAAAACGGGGAUUUGUCACUUUUAUAUGGGAAAUAUAGAAAAAGCCUCUUUUUAUCAUGAAAGGAGCAUUACUUACGAUUUUGAAAUUGAAGAUUCUCCAUUAAGAAAAUUGAGUUGUGAUACUGUGAAAAUAUAUUUAAAUAAACAUUUUUCUAGAAAUUAUGCUGAAACUGUUAAUAAUGCUUUGUUAAGUAAAAUGAACUUUCAGAUACCCAUUGACAUUAAGUAAUGUCAGGAGAACUUAAUAGAUUUAAUAGAUCUCUCUUAAUCACCUCGAGUCCAUUUAAGUUCUGAAGGAUCAAGAAAAAUGUCAAUCUCUUUGGAAAACUCUGAAUUAUCCUGUCUCAAAAUAAAUGGAAUGAGGUUACUUAAAGAUAUAUUAUCAUAAUAAGAAUUCGAUUUUUAAGUUUAUACUCCUAAGCAUUCAUGUAGUGUUCUAUAUUAAAUUCUAGUUAGGACUGAAAGCAAAUGCUUUGAUUAUUUAAAUAAUAAGAAAAUUCACCCUAAAGACAUUUAUCAUGAUAGUAAAUAUAAGACUAAUCCCUUAGUUAAUGAUGAUCUUGGAAUUAUUAAAAGUAAAAGUCAAGCAAAGCUGAAAAUAUGA